AUGGCUAGUCAUACUGUUCUUACCUUCGAUGCUGAGGGCCGUGCGGUUGAUUUUGAGUUUUGGGUAGAUGACUUGCAGCUCUAUCUUAAAUGCGACUAUAGGGACGGAGUCUCGCUCUUCGAUCACACGUCCGGCGCCUUUGCUGCACCUGCUGCCGAUGUUGACAUCAGGGACCACUUUCUCUCCCUAUGCCCCACUGAGCUCACCGUCGACCUGCUCGAGGAGCGCCUCCUUGCUGCUGAGACUAGUUUAGUCGCUGUAGGAGCUUCUUGCGGCGACCCUCGCGCCCCUUUCUUUGAGGGGUGCUCCCCCGUCCCCCUUUUGCCCUCUGUUGCCUCUACUGCUGUUGUCGACCUCGUUGGCACCGAGGCGGUCGGCGCCGCGUCUGCUCCCAGUGGGAGGCGCCGCAACUGCAAGGGCGGUGGAGGGGGGCAAGGGUGGUGGAGGGGACGGCGGGGCGGCGGUGGUGGCGGUGGAGGAGGUGGAGGGGGUGGGAGGGAAGGUGGAGGUGGUGGCGGGAGUGGGGGCGUCGGUGGCGGCGGUGGAGGUGGGGGCGGCGGCGGUGGUGCUGGUCGAGGUGCAGCCAUACAACGUGGAGGCUUUGGAGGUGGUCAGCGCCAGCAGCAGCCGAAUUCAUGUGAGGCCCCAUCGCCCCAGCAGCUUUGUGAGUGGUACGCUAGGCGUGGGAGGUCUGGGGGUGCUGGUCCCUGCGCUUACAUUCUCCGCACCGCCGACUGCCGUGGGGAGAAGCGCGGGCUGCCGCACGCGACGCGGCGCUAUUUUAGUCGCCUGACUGACGCCUGGCGCGCACACUUUCCUGACGCCACUGAGCUCCCUCACUGGGCUGAUCUGCUUAAGUCUGGUAUUGCUAUCUUUGAUCUUGAUUAUGAUGCUAUCCUUGCUGCCAUGUAUGCUAUGACUAUUAGUGCUGAGGGUGAGUGUUACCUGUGCUAG